ACCAUCUAUUAGGCUGAGUAUUGUGCCGGAUUGUUUAGCCGAUGGAAAUAGGUGGGCCAAACAGGAAAUAGAGAUAUGAAGAUAUAUAACGUCAAUCGAAUCUUCUAGUUUUAUCAGACUAGGCACUUGUCAAUUUAUAUUUUAGCAAAACAUUUAGCGUGUCAGGACGGGCUUAAAAUUCCGUCCAGCUCUUAAAUAUUACAUUAGCAUUCAAUGUCCCACGUGAAGAGCAUUUCCUUACGUAUUUUCUUUUUUAUACCAUUUUGUUUUACGCAACAACAGAGCAACAUUACACAAUCGUAAACGCUGGCGGAUUUCGAUCUUCCGCUUCGAUUCGAUCGCCCGCUUGUUGCGCAACGAACAUUUUUGUUGGCGCGUCAUCAUUAAAGUCAGCUGGCCAGCGGCGCGGAUAAUAGUCAACAACAUGCCGUGUGCCCAUGUAUAGCAUAACAUAACAGCAUGGCUGUCCCUGGCGUGAAGCUGGGCCCCCUGAUGUCAGCUGCAGGCGCGCUAGAGCCUAGAGCGCUAGAGCAAGCCAAUCAGCCGCCAGCGGCAUAAUCAUCAUCAUCACCAUCAUCAUUGUCAUAGCAGCCAACAGAGAGAGCACAUUUCGCUUGUUUAUGUCUCUGGAUAGCAGCCCUUUGCUGUGUGUCCGGCGGACGAUUGACUGGGUAUCUUUCCCGCCAUCCUCCUCGCUGGCCGGGCGCAGCAUGCUGUGUACCUCUCUCUCCGUCUGUCUGUCUGUCUGUCAAUCGGUCUGUCCCUGUAAGCAUGCCUCGACGGCUUCUGCUGCUGGUGAGCUGUGCGUGCGCUGUUGAACAGUUAUUCUCGUCAAGCUGCAAUCGAUUCAACUAGGCGCUGCUCAGCGGAUUACAUAUCGUGUGCAGCGGGUGCUUGCGCUGCUUCUGCUGCUGCGUGGAUGUGUUGUUGUUCAGCGAGAGCGACGACGACCAGGACUACGACGGUGGCAGCGGCGCUAGUGAUCAUGUUUUUUCGGUUGGGGCAGUGUAAGCCUCUCUCGCCGUUUCUCUAUCUGGCUCUGUAAUUGUAUCUGUACGUGGGUAUGUCUCACUGGAUGUGUAAGUCGUGGCCGUGGUGGUGCUAGUGCUGCCGCGGCUGGGUCGACCGCUCUCCCCUUCUCCCUGAGGCGCCAGUGAUGUUAGGGACACAGGUUUUACACACAUUCCGAACCCAGACAUCCAUCCGACGAUAUAGCAAACAAGCCUCGUAUCGCUUUCUACUACGUGUUUCAUACGGGAUAUCGAGAGAGAGAAAGAGAUGGAGAGCCGUAAAGUGAGCGCCAUACCGUCACAGGUAGUCUAAGCUGAUAAACGUGAGAAGGACUUCUUAUGGCGCUUCGCUACGGAUGGUGGUGGCAUCCAGCGGACCGCGGCACUAGAAAAAGCCACCCAGCGAGUGAGCGCUGGCCGUCAGCGGCACUCAGAUAUUGAGCGACAUAGGUACACACGCAUGGGGAGAGAGUUUGCUUACUUGCACAUACGCACGCACGCACAUACACAGAGACUCAGCCAGCGCUGGCAGCCGCUCUUCGCUGGCUGCGGCUGUGACGACGGCUUCCUUCGGCAACGAAACGGCACGACGGCGCUCGCCAUCCAAAGAGUAUGCGCUGCCACUAGCGCUGCUGUUGAGGCGCAGGGUUUUUCUACCAUUCAAGUAGGGCUUAGACGUCGCGGUCGCACUGGUGGUAGUGGUCGUGUUGCUGUUGCUGUGGCAAGCGGACAGUUGUAGUAGUCGCAAGAAAACGAACAAUCGGCCGAACGAGUGUCUGUGUGAGUAAGCGAGCGAGUGAGUGAGUGAGCAAUCGUGUGCGAAGUGCUGUGCUGUCCUGUCGCUGCUCUCUCCCGCUGCUCUCCGCGCCGCGAUCUCUGCCCGCGGCUGCUGACGACACGAACGAACGAACGAACGACCGACCGACCGACCGACCGAUCGACCAACCGACCGACGAACAGCGACGAGCGCCAAGAGUCGAAGUCGGUUUGUCGUUGAGAAGAAUUAGUUGGAGUGAUUCCGCUGCUGCUGCUGCUGCUGUUGCUGCUGAUAAGGUGGUCAGGUGAGAGUUGAAUAGAGUUAAGCGGAGUAGUGGCCUGUGCGUGAGGUCGUGUCUGUGUCGCCCAGUGUCAGCCUGUUUGUCUGCAUGAGAGUGCGUCGCUAGCUGCUACUCGGCCCGUUUACUACAAAAACAACUUCUACUCCUGGCGCGCCAGCGGUUGCUGCUUUUGGGCGGGUUAUUAUACUAUUAGUUGGCUGAUAGGGACGGGCGAACGAGCCAGAGUCGUCGUCGUCGUUAGUAAGUUCGUUCGCACGCCGAUUGUGGUCACACCGUCGCUACCAAGCCGACAAUGGAGUAAGCAACCUUAGCCUGCAAGCGACAUUGGGCCGUCGAAAGAUGAUACUGCUCCAGCAGCGUUCGGAAAGCUGGCAGUAGCAACACCCACGUUGAACGUUAUCGCUGAAUAACCACAACAACAAGACUAGUAGAAAUAAGCGUGCCCCGGCGACUACAGCAGCAGCAGCAGCUGUAACGGCGUACAUUUUAGCACGUUCGCAACUGUCGUAUUCGAAAAAACAUUCGCGAACAGCAACAAUAACAACAAUCGUAGCAGCAACAGUAGCGGCGGUAACGCUAAAACGUAGUGUGGUAGUAUUGUUGUUAUCGAUGUUAUUCUCGCUGCUGGCGUCGUUGUUGAUUAACCGCACGUUUAUACGUGCGGCGGUGUGGGUUCGGCCGGGCUAAGUAAGCCAUAGACAGACAAUAGCAGAAGUGAUCGCUUCCAGCGUGUGGCGCUUCCCUCCUGCUUCUGCUAGACGUGUGAGCGAUAGCGGCAGCAGUGUUCACUGAACAGAACUCAAUAACGAGCCACUCCAUAAAUUUGUUCGUCAGUCUGUACGUGUUUUGUGCGUCGGCAAUGGCUGCACUAGCAGGUCCGCUGCCGACGCUGGAAGGUACGACGCAUGCCAGCCAAGGAGCCACCCAUGUAGUCAUUUACCAGUCGUCGGCCCUGUGCUUGUGUUGUUUGUGAGGAGAGUCAAGCAAAGGCUACGGGAACGACUGCAGCUGAAUCAUCCGACGACAGACGGACGGUUCACGUCUAUUAGCCGAUACAACCUGCAGCGGAAAAGCAACAACAACAAGGAUACAACGACCAACGGGGCGCUACCGCCGCCGCCGCCAGUCGGCCUAACUACGGAGUUCAAGUGAUCGUUGUGACGGUGUUGCGUGUUGUGCAGCCUCUAGACAACGUGGAUUCGAGUGGAAGGCGUGCACGAGAGGGCAAGACCCACCCGAAGUGUGUCUAAAUACCUACCCAGACGAGAAGGAUACCCUUAUAGAUGACUGGCUGACGACGAGUGACUUGCUAUGGUAUAGAAGCUACGUGUGUUGCACCAUUCUGUCGUUUACUAUUCGCUCGACCACGACGGAUUCGUGGAUUCGUACGAGCGACAACAGGGGGGCCGUCCACGCCAACUAUACGUUGCUGCGUUAUCGAUGUCGUCGCUGAUCAUCAUAUCAUCAUCAUAAUAAUAACAAUAACCACGACAGGGCAACGACAGCAGCAGCAACAAUAACAACAGCGUGGUCCCCACGUUGUGCUCUCGCCGUUCGAUCGUCCCGUGUGAAACAGGAAGAGAACGCGAGAGGCGGUUCGGAAUGAAAGUAUGUUCGAGGUGGAGUACCACCAUUCAGUGAACGUCGAAUACGAUCAUUACUGCUGCUGGGACAUCCAGCUAGCAGGCGCUGCCGUUAGCAACUUCAGCAGGUCCGUCCGUUGAGCACAGCCACGCCGCAGAGCGACAACGGUAAAGAGUGAUGACCGCUGGCAGCGUGUGAGCAACGUGUCUCGUCAGAGCGAGCGUAUUGAGCGGGGCCGUUCACGUGUGUUCGUAUCGCAGUGAACGCUAGAUGUGCUGGCUACGACUACGUGGUUGCUACGGCUGCCGCAGCGGCCAGCAAACACAGUAAAUAAACGGGAACAUAUAUAGAGUUGUACCAGUGCAGCGUGAACAAAAUAGAAAACAUUCAAAGGAUAGUAAUACUAUGUACUAUUGUUAUUGCUAGUGUUACAAACAUCGCGGCAACAUCGCACUGCCCGCUUUUUAAAUGUGACACUACGAAGGCAGACGAGCCUUGAAAACAUCAAGAACAGCAGCUGCCGGUCAGACGUAUAGUAAUUACGCUGAAUGGAUAAGAUCUGUUGGUAAACUGUGCCCAGUGCCAACUACGAAGCGAGUGGCUGGUGCUGCCCGUCCAGUCAUCACCUAUACCUUGUUCGUGUGAACGGCCAGCUCGACUUUUCGCUGUUUACCACCUCUACGAUAGCGAACCACGACCUCUGCGCUGCUCUGUCAACGCUACAUGCUGUCUUAAGCCGACAUGCACGUCCGCUGGUUCUGGGCUAGGGGUUGAAAUCAAACAAGCGCGACACACCCACGACUAACAACCCGGCUUCGGAGGCGGUUUACAGGUGACAUCCCACAGCCGACACAGCAUACACGGGUUACCAUACAUAGAAGCCCAGCUACGGAUUAUAAAACGCGGUGAUUGCCGUCCUGUCGACGACGGUCAUCUCAACCUUUCGGUGGCUCCUGGCCGCGCACAUCAGGGCAGCAAGCAGCUCGAAAGCGAGAGAGUAGGUGUGAUCCCGUUGCAGGAGGAUCCUACUAAUAGCCACUGCUUCUAUUCGACUUACACUAAUAGACCGCGUGAACAAGCGGAAUCAGUCAGGGUUAUAUUGGAUUACACUGAAAGCUGUACGAGUUUAAGUGACUUUACCGUGAGCUGCUAACCACUACUAGUGUCGGCAUUCUAGCGUACACCCCUGUAAAAUGCCGGUGAAAAGUAAUUUUUCUUAAAUUUUCCCUGUGUUUCUCGCUCACUUCGAUCGUCUUUCUAGGCACUAAGAAGCGUCGCCGUGCUGAUCUUUCCUCAAGUGACUUCGACACCACAGUGGGAUGGAUACGACAGAGCUUGUGCGAACGAGAGCCACACUGUUCAUAUGGUAAACGAAAGACUUUCAUUUGUUGUCCUGAGCAGACAGGACACAGCACUCUCGUGACGGCAUUGUGUGCUGAUAUGUCGCAGUUGAACACAGUUAAAGUAACUGAUAUAUUAACGAUCAACUCAAUUGGUAACACCGCCAAUUAGUGGGCUCCUGAGCACAUAAAUGGAGGUCAUGAAAGGUACAUUGAAGAGAAGCGAUAAUUGGAAGGGAAUCUUCACUAGCACGAUGCGGAGAAUGUCGUUUCGUGGUGGAGGUAGUGGCGGACGGGGACCGGUGUCCCCCGAGAGUGAUUCGCAUCAACCUCACGGGGGUUCGCCGUCGACGUUCGGCUCCCCCCAAGGCUGCGAAGAUGUCGUGCUAAGCGGCUAUCUAAAAAAGCUCAAAACAGGCAAGCGCAAAUUUUUCGUGCUCCAUGCAGGAGUUUCUGCCGGACGUCCUCCGACAGACGCCACUUCCAGCAAUAGCAGCGGUGCCGCCUACCAUCAACUUGCCCAGCAAGCACGGCUUGAAUACUUUGAUACCGAAAAAAAGUGGCGUGCUGGAGCUGAUCCUAAAAGGUCGAUUGCGUUGCGAAGCUGUUUCAAUAUCAACCGAAAGCAAGAUGCUAAAGGACGCCUGCUGGUGGCGCUGUAUACCUCGGCUGACUGUCUUCUGUUACAGUGCGCCACUGUCGAAGAACACGAAGAGUGGCUGUCAACAAUGCUGCAAUUGCAGCAGGGGAUUUUGCCAUCGGAUCAAAGACCGUCCCCCCAUUUCGAUCACAUAUGGGAGGUCUGUGUCAAACCAAAGAGUCUUGGAACUCAGCAAAAUCUUCAGGGUGACCAUCGUGUGUGUCUAACUUCACGAUCGUUAAGUCUUAUACGGCUUGAGAGGCACCGGACAGCAAGUAACAAUGCCGAUCACAGGGGCCUAGGCGGAGGCCGCGGUGGGGAUCGAGAGUGCCAGCCGACCGUCGAGUUCACCCUGAAUUCAAUCCGCCGUUGCGGACACACCGAUUGUUUUUUCUUUAUGGAACUUGGGCGUAGCUCGGUGACAGGGGCGGGCGAGCUAUGGAUGCAGACGGAUGACACCGUCAUCGCUCAGAAUAUGCACGAGGUCAUUUUAAGCGCUAUGAAGUCGUCGAAAGUAAACGAGGAGUCUCUUCGACCGCGAUCUAACUCUACCUCGGAGACUAAGCCGUUGACGAUUCCGACGAUUCCUCACGGCCACUCACCUCAUAAUGUCCAUCAGAAUGGAUAUUUUUAUCCACAUCCGCCGUCAUUGGGUGGAGGCGGAAUCGGCUUAGGCGCCUUGUUUGGUAUACCAAGGGAGCGAUGUGAUUCAAUGCCGGCGCGUCCGCGACAAAGCUCCGAAUCCUUUUUUGAUCAGCAGCCUGCCGUGCCCACUAGGUGCAACACAAUUGAUUGCACUCAGGUUGGAGGGCGGCCUUGGUCCGCCGGCGCAGGUGGUGGUGUCUCACCUCUGGGACAUCUGCAUGGCCAUGCAUUGUUAGAAAGCUGUAGCGAAGAGCCCCACUCCCAUGGGGCUACCACAGCUACCCACACCCAUCUGCAUUUGAAUGUCAGUAAUAGUACGAAUUCACACAACCCCCAUUCUCAGCCACAGUCGAUUGUCGAAGAAACUGGAGGCGACGGGAUGUCCGAGUACCUGCCGAUGACCUCGCCUGGCCAACUCGACUCAACAGGUAGCCUGCUCGGAUCUCCCGUAACACUAACAGACGGUGGCACCUCAUCGUUGAGCAGCGGGCAUGGUGGCAUCCAUCCGUUACCGGGUCCUCACAGUGGUGGCGGAUCGCAGUUUCUUCCACGUCAACCAAGUUCGGCAUCGUCCAGUAGCGAAUACAUGAGGAUGUCGCCCAGCCACGAUCAGUUGCUGCCGUCCGGCGGCAGCAGCAGCAGCAGCGCGAAUUUGAACAAUAACGGAGCCAACGGUGGAAACAACAAUUCGAGCAUCGUUAUGAGCAUCAGCAAUAACAAUAAUAAUAAUAAUAAUAAUAAUAAUAAUAACGUGCAAGAUGUGAUGAUGGGCAAGGCGCUUCCGUCAACAGCAGUGGAUACCGACGCGUAUAUGUCAAUGAGUCCGAUCGGCUUAUGCCAGGCUAUUGCCAGUAAAAACCUUUUAAACAAUGGAACCCUAGCAAAUGGCUAUGUACCUAUGGAGCCACCAUCCAGUUUGUCGUCUACGAUGGUAAUAAGUGGGUCCAUACCACCGCUCGGAGCGCCUGGACUUCGCAGUGGAACUCGCGGCGUCUCGGAGAGUUCACCCAUGUCACCGCCUGGUUAUAUGGAGAUGGCUCCCCUUUCAUCCUCGCUUCCUAAAUCAGUCGGAGCUUUGAGUGGCUCCUGGGGCUCUUCGAUUCACUCGAUACAUGAUGCAUCGCCCACGUUCGACCUCAGUGUUGAAGGUUUUCAACUUGACAAGGUCAAAAGCUUUAUCGCGGCUGGCGAUGGAGACGAUCAGAGCCUGCGAACGGGACGUUCAUUUUCCUGCGGCAAACGUCCUUCGGAGCAACGCAAUUCAAGUCGGUCUGGCCUCGCAGCCGGACAGGGUUCUGGGCGCGUCCGAGCCUACAGUGUUGGAUCACAGGCUAAUCAUGCAGCAACGCUUGCGGCAGCCGCUAAAAAAAGGACGCAGCAAAAUCAACAGCAGGACGUCCUCGGCACGCCCACUUCAGAUCGAGGCCGUUCGAACAGCUAUUCGAAAAAAUCUUCCUCAACGACAACGUUAGGAUCACGCCAUUCAGAAGAGUUCAUGGAAAUCAACUAUGACGAAAAUUGGCAUCGAGCCACGGCAUCCGCCUCCGCAGCAAUGGCCGCUAUGGUCCCAUCUCUGCAGGCGACAUCCAGUUUGCCGCCGGUGUCUGCUACUAACAUAAACAGCAACGGAUCGAGCAGCAACAAUAACAAUAAGGAGAGCAGCGAAUACCUGCCCAUGAUAAGGGUGCCUAACUACAAGGAGCCGGAGUCUUCGAUGAAACUAUUUCCUCUCAAAGAAGUAGAGGUGUCGUCGUCACUUAAGGAAGCAUCAAGCUUCCAGGAGAAACACGAAUUUGGGCCCGUUCGCACCAGAGAAAGUAUAACCGGCAACAAUUCGAUAACACGUAGUGGGAAAACUGGCCACUCCGACUACAUGGACCUCAGUGAACAGUCCAUUUCGCCAUUGAGCCUCAAGGCAAUAGCAGCUUCCUCAUCCCAUACGUCGCAGCAGCAGCAGCAGCAGCAGCACAUCCAUACGCAUCGAGCCACGCCUUCGGACACGGAGGGCGAAUACGUCUCUCUCGACAUGAGUCGGCCCUGGCAGGUACGCAGCUUCAGUUUAUGCGGAGCGCCCGAGCCCAAGAAAUGUAAGUCCGAGCUGAUUACGACGAUGUCUUUUGAUGUAAACAUGACAGCAGCUACGAAAUCUUCACCCCCACCGGGACAAGCAGGACCACCCCCACCCCCGGUCGUCGCGGUGCCUUCCCUUAGCGGAGCGCUUACGACAACACAGCACAACUACGAAAAUCUAAUGUUCGGCGCCAACGGAGCUACUGUAGAGGCUGUGUCAAGUUCGCAAGACAGCCAGGAGCCGAUGGAGACGGAUCAGCCGAGCGCCAAACUACCACCCCCAACUCCGGCGCCUUCGCCUACACCCGAAAACACGGCGUCGUCGAUCGGAGCACCAAUACACACUGGACUGCAGAUCUCUUCGGACAGCCUGUGUCGCCCCCCUCACCUAUAACCGUACCGUCAACAAGAGUACCAAUGCAGGUCAUGCCCGGAAGUGAUCGCGAACUUAACUAUGCGUCGCUGAAUUUGUCGCAAACAAAUGACGAGCCCCCGUCACCAUCCAAUUCUCACGAACCCGGCGGUGCUUCAGUAGGUGCCGACAUCGUGCCUCCAGCCCUAGGUCUAGCUAAUGGCAUGGGACUAACUGGAACGAGCGCCAGCGGAGGCGUAUCAUACAGUGAAGUUUAUUUCAGGAAAAGCGAAGGUCUGCGAGGUUCAAUGCUGCGAGAGGGUAGUCGCGUCUAAUAAAACCCAUUACUAUCCUUAUCAUGGCUUAUCGUAAUGUUUCCCUAUUAGGUUCACUGCAGGCCGAGAAAAAGUACUGCUGGCUGAAAUGAUACUUGAUUCAAGCAGAUAAGGAGCGCCUGCAGAUCAUCUGCUUUAGUGCAUUAAGGGCAGAGAAAUGAUAGGGGACGCAAAGCCGGUCUUGACCCGAUAGCGCUUGGUGCUGCCCAAAGACGUUGCAAGGCAAACAGAUCUUUACCAUCAAGGUGCCAAAAUUAGAGCCAGACAUACCGUAUUUAAAUGCACGGGCCGCUUUUCCUGCUGGCUAGAUAUGUAACAACUUCUCUGCUGGACCUAUUUACGCCGUUUGUAUGGGAGUUGACCUUUUGCAUGAAACUACAAAAUCAGUUCGAAGCUAGGAGAAAGAUGGUGACGCACAGGAAGCUAGAGUAACUCGUUGAGUUGGUAAGUUUCGAUGAGCGAAAGAAGCUGGCAUCUACAAGUAUUUAAGUUCGAUUGGAUGCUUGAAAGUGUAGGAUGAUAAAAGAAAAAUAACUGAUGCUCAAUAAAACUGUGCGUUUAAAAAUUGUAGGCCGAGCAGCAACGGGUGAAUACGUGAGGGCCUUCUGGUCUUGUCUGGUCAGUUGCCGCAGGUAGUUCUAGUCUUAUUAUUAUUACUAUUAUUAUUAUUAUUGACGCUUAUUAUUGUACGAAAAUAUUAGACAGGCGUGUGAUAUGAUAAUACCGACGCAGAACGAUAACAGUUGUGGGAAUUUGUGUGUGUUGUGCAUGGCUCCGGCGCUUCGAAACAGGGCCACCAGUAACCGUCUCGAUAAUAACAUAGUUAUCCGAUUGUCUCACCGGAGCCAGUGUACACGGCGCUAAAUAACGCGACACGUACCGAUUUCAUAGCAGGUUCACUGAUGGAGAACCACUGCGGCCGAUCCCCUUUUCGUUUUCGUCCGAGUAUAGAUGACUACGAAUUAGUAAUAAUAAAAUGAGACCGAACAGUAUGUUUGUGCCUGUCUGACAAACUCAGGCAAGUAAUAUACGAGGCCUGACGGGAGCUUGUUGUUACGCAGGAUAAGUCGUAGUAAUGUGUUACUUUAGUGCUAAAAAUCAAAAUUAAUUCCUCCGCCAUUUGACAGUUUUCAACGGCGAACUUAUGAGACAUGUGAUUAUCGUGACGAUGAUCCAUUCUUAACCCGACAGUAACAUACAAACAUUAGUCAGAUGAAAAAAGAAUGACGUACUGCUAAAUAACCGAAAACAUCAGAGAGAACGCGCCCUAACGUCUAACAGAUAAUAAGCUUUGUUACCCGCCGACGCUAAAUAAGAAGAAGCCAUAUUAAUUACACACUCAAGAUCCAAACAGGUAUCGAUAUGUAUCUCUACGCUACUAUGCUAAGUGAAAUAGAUCAACCCCUGCUGUUAUGACAUUUAUAUUUCGAGGAGCACACAUAUAUAUAUAUAUAUAUAUAUAUAUAUAUAUACAUACAUGUUCUAUGUUAUAUACAUAAUCGUAUAUUGAUAUAAAGAAUAUACAAGGAAAAACGACGCUGCCAAUAGAGAAGAUUUGAUUAGCUAGCCCAUUAUGACGCGUUAGUCUUCAUGACUAUAAUGAUAACUACUAUUAUCAUUAUUAUAGCUAUAGUAUCUCUAUAGGCGAGAAUGACAAUAUUCAUAUAUUACGACGUUGUGCUGACAAUGAUGUCGGUAACUAUGGCGCACAAUGCAGUUGAUAUAAUAUGAUUAAGAAGAGAGUGGCGUUUAAUGGUGCUUGCUUGUUUUAUUGGAUCUAUAUGUCGCAACGAAAUCUUCCAACAGCAGGCCUUCACCAGAGAGUCGUCCACGGGUCGCCCAGCUGAAAGCGACUUUAUUACCUUCGAAACGACCCACUGUAGGGGCCGAUACAGCAGCAGUGUUACAGAUAACAGUGACGUCGAUGCUACUUUAUUAGGGAAUCAAUAACCGAACAGGAAAACGUAGGCGUACCAUGCGGGUAGGCGGUAAUACGGGAUUAAUCUGGUCACUAUUGUUAUUAUCACUAUCAUCUGUGCGACGCGAACGCGAAUCAGUAUCAACAUUGAAAUGACACGGUAAUGAAGACCAGAUAGCAGAUAAGAGAUUCACUCGAAUGAUCCAGUGUCCUGCUUCUUCAACGGCCGCUACUGUUGUUAUUUUCCUGUAAAUAGCUCAUGUACAAAGCAAACGACUUCGGGAAGAAAGCAUACGCAGAUGAGUGGAAAAUGGUAGAAUGCAGAAAUAUACACUUUAUACGUAUAUAGUUAUCAUGAUUAUGGCAAAAAACACUAUAUACAUAUAUAAGGUACUCCGCUGAUACGAUUACUACCCUGGACACGAUGGUAAUGUUGACUAUAAUGAUAUAUACGAUACCAUGCAUAUGAUGGAUAGUCUGUAACUGCAUAUGUGGAGAGACUCAUGCAACCGGCGAAACGUGAGUAGCUGAGAGGAGUUGAAAGAAAUAAAUAUUGUUAGAUCGAUACUGAAAUACGGGCCGCGUACUCGGUAGAGUUAUUUUGCAGUGAAGACAUGAAGAUUAGUUACGUUGUCGGUGAGGAACAAGCAACCGCACUCCUCUUGCCAUUAACGUAAUGAUCGUAAACCCGCCACUCAUGGAGCCGGGAAAGGCUGUGUGCAAACGCCCGCAAGAUAAAAUAUUUAUAUACAUAUAUACACAUAAGGAUAUACAUACACUAUGCUGAUAUAUUAAACGAUAUCAUAAAAAUAAUAAUAGUAAUAUUAUUACUGCGGAUUGCGGACUACAUCACAAGAUACGCAUAUAGCAAAUCUCGGAUAAAGCAUCGAUAAAAAAAAAAAAGCAAAAAGCUGAUGAAGAAUAAGGACGCAAAAACGGUUACAAUGAAAAUCUGUUUAUUACGUUCUGAUGACAAUGGCUGACUGAGGAUUGACCGAUGAUGCGGAUCAUUCAUUGAUGCUGAAAUGACGAAUUUUUGGUCGGUAUAAUGGUGAGCAGUGAAGUUUGAAAUGAAAAGACGGAACAGACUAUAUUUCGUGUUACCAUUAUUAUUAUUAUUAUUAGUCUACAAUUACUGCUACCAUGACCAGUGAAGUGUUCGGAAUGACGUUUGAUCUUUCCAUUUGAAGAAUGUCGAAGUGUGAGAGGAGUAUGUGCUAACUUAGAAGAAACCACAGAAGGACAAAAGUGCAUCAGAAAUAAACCGACUGGAUCGGGGAGUCAUCAUCAGAAAAAGGAAUGAUCGUGUACAUUAAAUUGAAUUAGUGAAUCAAUCGCCUUUUAUUGAUCUGUUGAUUUAGUGACUUGUGGCUGAUUGAGCAGAAGGGACACGGUGCCGAAAAGCCAGUACCAUGCUCUGUCGUUAGUACCGUGAAGCAGAAAUUCGAAAUAGUAGAAACGUAACAAAAACCGCGAACUCUUCAGUGAAAGCAGACGACGUACUUUGUAGAAAAGGUGUUUAAUGCCAGAACAUCGUUAUAGUUUGUGGCUGCUAAAUAUAUGCACAUACGUACUAACUAGCUGGUGUUCAGGUGAUUUGGCCAAACAAGAGCCGAUCUCGUGGACACCUAUAAUGGGUAGCGCUGUUUGUGUACCGUAGCUGAAUCAUAAAGCAUGUAGUGGGUGUAUUAUCAUAUAGUCAUUUCUCGUUAUAUUGCAAUCGUGGCCAAGACACGAGUUAUUCGACGAGAUAAUUAUCGCCCUUUGUUGGUGCGCCUGAUAGGGACAGCGCUAGCUGAUGUGAUUUGGUAAAGGAAUAAGAUUACGGUACAUGGUAGAAAUUUGACCGAUGACCGAAAAUGAAGGUCAAUUCAAUUGGAUUGAGUUGUAUAGGCGUUGAAGGUCUAUAGACAGAGUAACUACUCAUGCACUUAUAGACGUCUAUUUAAAGUCGAAUUAGGCCGCGCUUUGCGUAUAUUCUGAUUAUGGGCCUCGAUCCUCUUCGCUAGGAACGUGAAUCGGGAGAUAGAAGCCGGUAGGCGUUAGUCAUUUGUGUACGGUCUUUCAUUGCAUAUACACGAAGUCAGCUUGUCUUAUAAACGCCACAAAAACGACUAAUGCAGAGUUUUCAAAGUUCAAAUGAACUCAAUCAUUGAAGUCAACCUAUUGUCUUUUUAGUAUUAUAUGAUACUACUGGAUUUCUAAUCGAAUACGUAUAAAAUGUUUUUACUCAAUAAAACGAACAUUUCAUACGUAUUGAAAGGCAUUUUGUGGGACAGCUGACUUUGACUUGUGUUUUUUCGCUCUGGUCAUGGAACUGGGCUCUCCACUAUAAUACUUCACGAUAUUAUUUAAGUAACUAACUUGAAUGAUCCGCUGUUUCACUAUUCAACAAACUGUUAACCAAGUGACAAUUGAAUUGUAAUGUGCAAUGAUUUUGUGUGUCCAAUGGUAUGGAUUGACUAACGUAGCCAAAACAGUGGCUAGAAAAAAUAGGUAACAGGACAAAGGUGUGGACCCGUAUCUAGUCGUAACCAGUAGCUCUGAGGGACUGAUGUGAAAAUUGAAGCACAACAGAUAGAACGCUCUUGGAAGGCUGGCAAAGACAUAUUCUAGAGAAAUUGUGAUGAUUAUGGCGAACACAGUGACGACGAAAUGAAGACGUUCGUCCGAACUCUCUCGUGAAGGGCCGAUGGGGAUCAGGGCAACGUUGAGGGUGCACUGAAAAGAUGGACAAAUUUUUUUUACAGGUUAUUUUUCGAACGUGGCCUUAUUAAUAUUGCCACUAAUCCGUCGAAAAGGUAAUAACUUAACCGUUACACGCUGCUGCCGCUGCCGCUGCCGGGUUGGCAAUCGAACAAUUCGUUUAUUGUCGUCGCACCAUACAUGCACGCCAGGCGUGUGGUGUCAGAAGAGAAGAGUUUAUCGAGAAAAGCUGAAAAUGAUCAAUUUCCAUCAGUUGAAUACAUAUGUACAUAUGCGUAAAUAAAAAGCGUCCAUUGUGCUGA